AUGGCGUGCCCAGCUUCUGCCUUCAUUCCUUCUACGCGAACGCGGCUUGUCCCUCGCGUUCGCAGUGCACUGAGAGCUAACCUUCUUCGAUCGCGAGGCGUGAGGAACAAAAACGGAGUAGGUAUUUUAGUUGACAGAGAUCUCAGGGAGCAAGUGAUAGAUGUUAGGAGGGUGAAAGGCACUAUAAUUGCUAUUAAACUAGUUGUUGUAGGGUUUAAUUUUAAUGUUGUUAGUUCUUACGCACCUCAAACGGGCUUGGACAAGGAGGUCAAGAGGCACUUCUGGGAGGAUUUGGAUGAGGUUGUACGUGGUAUUCUGCACAUCAAGAAAAUGCUGAUAGGAGGGGAUUUCAAUGGCCACAUCAGGAUGGCAUCUAGAGGAUAUGAUGAUAUGGAUGAAGACGUUGGUUUUGGGGAUAGAAACGAAGGAGGAACUUGGUUGUUGGAUUUUGGUAUAGCUUUUGAUAUGGUGAUAGCAAACUCGAGUUUUCAGAAGAAGGAGGAGGACUUGAGACCUUCAAAGCACAAUGGCGAAGACUCAAAUUGA